AUGGCCGAAGAUCAGAAUAACACCACGGACGACGCGUACCGUGUCCAAGAGCUGCCGUUCCUGUCAAAGGUCAGGCACGGCGCCACGGCUUUUGCGAUCCAAAAUCUCUUGGUUAAGCCCGCGCUUUUCGUCCGCGAUGUCAAAGCACACAUCGUCCCGCCCGAGAACCGGCCAGAGAUCGUGAAGACUUACGAGUGCCGACCGUAUCUCCCUGUCAGGAUCUUCUUUCCCAAAUGCCAUGACAAAACGUCCAAAGACCAGCUGCCAGUCCUUUUCACCAUCCAUGGCGGCGGGUUUGUGGUCGGAACUCCCAAUGACACUGACGACUGGAAUCAGACGUACGCGUCUGUUCAUCACUCCAUUGUCAUUGGACUCAACUACGGCAAAGCUCCGGCCAACCCGUUCCCCAAGCCGAUCCACGACUGCGAAGCACUCUUCCUCGCCGCUUUGAACGACGAGUCUCUCCCCUUGGAUCGGACUAGAGUUGCUCUCCUUGGGUGGUCCGCGGGAGGCAACUUGACACUUGCAAUCGCACAGCUUGAGAGUGUCAGGAAGCACUUGACUUGCAUCGUCCCGUUGUAUCCUGCCAUCGACCUCUCCAUUACAGGAGAGAUGAAGGCUCAGUCGCGGCGGUAUAAGCCCGAACUAGGUGGCUUCCGCGCAAAGGAGGUCGACUACCUGCUCGGUAUGGCCCCGACGUUUGACUGGGCUUACAAGACCCUCGGAGAGAACUCCCGCAAUCCUCUCAUGAGCCCGUGUUACGCCACAAAAGAUGCGCUGCCGAAGCGUGUCUUCAUCAUCGCCUGCGAGCUUGACAUGCUCGCUCACGAGGGCCAGAGGCUCAUUCAUCGGCUGGCGGAUCGUCCACCGCCGCCCGCUGUGGUCGGGAAACAGGAGACUGUGGGGAAGGGGGAGCUCAUUUUUGAUGACGAAAGGUUCCAUUUCGAGGUGUCGAACGCCGAUGGGAGUCUCUACAGGUGGCUUCUGGUACCCGACACCGUCCACGGAUUUGACCAGCACCUGUCUGGGAUGGUUCGCGAUCCCGUGCUCAUCGAAGACGCCGAGAUCAAGACGCAGAAGACCAUUAAAAUCAUCGGGGAAUGGGUUCUGCAAGCACCUCCCGUCGUCGCAACCUGA